AUGUCUGAAAACCAGGCCCCCGUCCCCGGCCGGGACCCAAAGUCCUCCCAGGACUUUAUACAGUUCAACUGCCUGCCAGCUGGAGGCGCGCUCAACCGCUGGUCUGCCGCCAUCACGCGCGAGCAUGACUUUCCUGGCGCGCAGGCCAUGUUGUACGGCGCUGGAGUGCCUGACGAAAAGACGAUGAAGAAUGCGCCGCAGGUGGGAAUCGCGACGGUUUGGUGGCAGGGCAAUCCGUGCAAUACACACUUACUCGACUUUGGCCAGAUUGUGAAACGCGCAGUCGAAAAGGAAGGCAUGCUGGGUUGGCAGUUCAACACCAUUGGCGUGUCUGACGCCAUCACCAUGGGCGGAGAUGGCAUGCGCUUCUCUCUCCAGUCGCGUGAAAUUAUUGCCGACUCUAUUGAAUCCGUGACUUGCGCGCAGCACCACGACGCCAACAUCUCCAUCCCCGGCUGCGACAAGAACAUGCCCGGCGUCAUCAUGGCUGCCGCGCGCCACAACAGGCCCUUCAUUAUGAUCUACGGUGGCACCAUCCGUAAAGGCCACUCGGGGCUUCUUGAGAAGGAGGUCAACAUCUCCACGUGCUACGAGGCUGCAGGAGCCUACACCUACGGAAGACUACACGCGAAGACGGAUCCCGGCAAGCCCGGCCGCGAGAGCAGCGACGUUCUGACGGACCUGGAGCGCCACGCCUGUCCCGGCGCCGGUGCGUGCGGCGGAAUGUACACGGCCAACACCAUGGCCACGGCCAUCGAAGCCAUGGGCCUCACCCUGCCUGGGUCCUCGUCCUUCCCGGCGCUGUCCCCGGAAAAGUCGCGCGAGUGCGAGCGCGCCGCCCAGGUCAUCAAGACGACCAUGGAAAAGGACAUCCGUCCGCGCGACCUCAUGAGCCGCGCCGCCUUCGAGAAUGCCCUCGUCCUCACCAUGAUCCUCGGCGGCUCCACCAACGGCGUCCUGCACUUCCUCGCCAUGGCCAACACGGCCGGCGUGCCCCUCACCCUCGACGAUGUGCAGCGCGCGAGUGACCGCACUCCGUACCUCGCGGACCUCGCGCCCAGCGGCAGGUACAUGAUGGAGGACCUUUACCAGGUCGGCGGCACGCCGUCGGUGCUCAAGAUGCUCAUCGCAGGCGGGCUCAUCGAUGGCUCAAUCAUGACCGUCACCGGCCAGACGCUCGCCGACAACGUUGCCGACUGGCCGUCGCUCGACCCCGGGCAGCGCAUUAUCCGCCCUCUGAACGACCCGAUCAAGGCCAGCGGCCACAUCCGCGUGCUCCGGGGCAACUUCGCGCCCGGCGGCGCCGUCGCCAAGAUCACUGGCAAGGAGGGGCUGCGCUUUACCGGUGCGGCGCGCGUCUUCGACUGCGAGCGGGACCUCAACGCCGCGCUGAGCCGCGGCGAGAUCCGCCGCGACGACGGCAACCUGGUCGUCAUCGUCCGCUACGAGGGGCCCAAGGGCGGGCCCGGCAUGCCGGAGCAGCUGCGUGCGUCGGCAGCCAUUAUGGGCGCUGGCCUGACCAACGUGGCGCUCGUCACCGACGGCCGCUACAGCGGUGCCUCGCACGGCUUCAUCGUCGGCCACGUCGUCCCCGAGGCGGCGGUCGGCGGGCCCAUCGCGCUGGUCAAGGACGGCGAUCGGGUGACCAUCGACGCCGAGACCAACCACAUCGACGUGGCUGUCUCAGACGAGGAGAUGGAGGCGAGGAGGGCAAGGUGGACGCCGCCGGAGCCGAGGGUCAAGCGCGGCGCGCUGGCCAAGUACGCGCGCCUGGUGGGCGAUGCGAGCCACGGUGCGGUCACGGAUGGAUGGUAA